GUUUUUUUUCUUCUUUGGGUGCCGUGAAAAAUAAAUAAAUAAAGGACGUCAUUUAAUCUUAAAUUCAAAUAUUCAAUGCAUUUAUGGAUGUAAUCCUUUACUUAUGAUACCUAAAACCGUCUAAGCGUGAGUCUUUGAGUGUGACAGUGUAGGGAAGGCUUAGUUGGUUCUACUUCAGAAAUGGAUUUCAGUUCGCAUAAUCCUAAUUCUACAAAUGCAUUAAGUCUUGCCGCUAGAAGGAAUGAUCCGAAAUCAGUCCAGCGAUUACUCAAAAAAAUUAACCCAAACGCGAUCGACAACAGGGGUUGGACAAGUUUACACGAAGCUGCAGAUAGUGAUAGCUAUGAAUGUGUAGUGCUCAUCCUAAACGACCACAGAUGUAGACCGCUAGCUGAGACACACGAAGGUCAUACUGCUCUGUACUUGGCUUGCAGACGAAGAUGUUCUGUGAAAACUAUAAAAGCCUUACUCGAUGCGGUUGAAGAUAUUGCAAACUAUGGCAGUUGUGAGAAUGUCACGCCGUUGCACGUAGUCAGUGCGCAAGGGAGGGUCGAAGUGAUACAGUUAUUGAUAGAAUAUGGUGCAAUUAUCGAUGUAGAGGAUUUCGAUGGUGAUACACCUUUACAUGAUGCAGCUCUGGCUAAUCAACAUGAGUCUGUGGAGUUGCUGUUGCAUGCAGGGGCCGAUGCUAACAUUAGUAAUGACAACUUGCUGACACCGUUUCAUUUGGCUUGCUCAAAGGGUGGUUACAGAUCAGUACAGAAUCUUUUCCCUUUUGUUUACAAUAUCAAUCAGCUUGCAACCGGUGAUGAGAGUCCUCUAAUGCUUGCGAUUCGUGGAGGCAGUGAAGAUGUGGUUAAGUUUCUAUUAGAUAAUGAUGCUGAUCAUAUUGUAAAAAAUCAGAAUGGACACACUGCUUUAGAUAUUGCGAUGACUUUAGGAUAUAAUAAAAUUUUUGAAGAAAUUUUGUAUGUCACUGAUCCAGAAGACAUGAAUCCAAAUAUAAUACUCUGCGCCUGCAAACCACACUUGUUUAAACUGGAAGUACUCCGGGAGUUAUUAAAUUAUGACUUUGGGCCAGAAUUUUUCGAUUACACUGAACCGUUUUAUGCCCUAAUGGAGAAGAUUGGUGGUACCAGACCUGAGUAUCUGAUAAAUGCUCCUCUGAAUUCAUAUUUAAAUAUAUGCGAAUAUAUUUACAGACAUUCCCCUGAGAUGUUCAGAGAAUUCUUUUAUUUAUUCCUCAUGAGGGGCGUGGCCGUGAAUGCAAAUAAUGUAGCUGAAUGCCCACCUUUGGUGUACUUACAUUUCAGUAUGCACAAUUUAUGCUUUAAAGAAGUGUUCAACAUACUCCGGGAACAUGGCUGUAAUGUAGACUACUGCAGUUCCUCAACUUGCACAGACAUGAACAAGUGUUUGCCGGAUGCCUUCAUUGCGUCAUUGACAGCUGACCCUCAAACCAUGCCCAUAAUGAUGCAGUACAGUCUCCGUCUUGAGCCCAGAUCUUUGAUUUCAUUUAUUUACGACAAUGGAAUGGCUAAUCGACUGUCACUAGUGGUGCUGCAAAAGCUCAUUUCAAUGAUUGACUACGGCUGUGAAGAUGUGGUGACUGCAGCCACUUUUAGAUAUGAAGUGCCAUCACUGAGGCAUUUGGCCAGGCUUCAAGUGCGCUACGUCUUGCGAAACAGAAGCCCACGUAUCACAUCAACAAAAGAGUACCUAGAAAUUCUUAAAUGUUUACCUAUUCCGCCUUUACUCAUAAAAUACUUACAAUAUAUGUAAUUAAUAAUUUUGCAUGCAUAAAUGGUUUCACAGCGUGCUAUGGAGAGGGCUAUGCUCGGCGUUUCUUUACGAGAUCGAAUCAGAAAUGAGAUCUUUAAACAAACUAAAGUCACUGACAUAGCCCGAAGGAUUGUCACAUAGUACGCAGAACUGACGGCCGAUGGGGCAGCAAGGUUCUGGAAUGGAGGCCGCGUACCGGAAAACGCAGAGUCACCCACAAAGUGGACUGACGACAUCAUAAAGGUAGCAGGGAAGCGCUGCAUGCAGGCCGGUAUCAAAUCUAUCAACAUGGAAAGCAUUGGCCUAUGUUCAGCAAUGUACGUCCUAUAGCUGAAAAUAAAUGAUAAUGAAAUG